GUCGGAGUACAUAGGGUGUAUUUUGGCACACUUUUCUUUAGCGAGGCGCCCGACAGUCCGGCGCCUUCGCCCAUGGAGCAUUGAAACUGUUCCCAGUUGAUAUUCAGACGUCCCAAGACCGCCCGCCCGUAUCUAAACAUUAACAGAAAACAUCCAAAAAUAUGUAGAGUUGUAUACUAUAACCAGAGAAAUGUAUUUAAAAACUAUAAUAAUUUUCUUUUUCUUUCAAAUACUUAUUAAAUGUGAUGCAACCAAAGCUGAAAAUUUAGAUAACAUAAAGAAAAGUCUAGAACAACAUCAAAAAGAAUUAACUGUGGUUAAAAAUAAAACUAAAAUACUAGCGAAAGAAAUAACUAAUGUUGUGAAAGUUCCGUUUAAGUCGGCAGUGCCUGUGGACAAUGCUAGCAAGAAGCCUAAAAUGAUAUCAGUGAAACAAAAAAAUAUAAAUCUUUGCAGACUACAAGAAUGGGCUAAAGAGAUAGCAGACAAAUUGUUAGACCACGAAAGUCAGAUAGUGAGACGAGAUCUACUGUUGAAAGGGUUCACGAACUUGAAAAGUGUACGUCGCAAUGGCACUGAAAUUGUGAACCAAGCCGCUACAGUUUUAACUGACCUUUUAUCUAAGAGGGCCAAAGCUGCAGAAGCAAUAAUGAGGAAAGCAGAAGAACUGUCCAAGAAGAAUGUACCACCUCCACCAAAUUACACGUAUAUGCAAAGUACGAAUCUGGAUCAAUACAAAAAAGGGGAUACAGAUUGGAAAGAAGAUCGCCGAAACUUUACAUUCCCGUUAAACUGUAGAAACUUAAACAAAGUGAACUUAUACAAAAGCAAACAUUUUGAUGCCAAUGUAUCUUUGGACACAAGUAGUGUACACGUAGCCGUAGAAGUUUUUGAUUGCGAUCCUAAAAUACUAGAACAUCUACAUUGGUCAGAAGGUCUCAUAUCCACUUUCAAAGAAAAUUACGCACGUGAUGCUACAUUAGACUUUCAAUACAUUUGCAACGCUAAAGGAUUUUUAAGGCAUUAUCCAGCGGCAUUAUGGGACACCAUGUAUAAACUGAAGUUAGACGUAGAAGACAUAUACGACUGUCGGCUGCGUCCCUGGUAUGUCAGUGCGAGCGGUGCACCCCGAGACAUACUCAUUCUACUGGACGCGUCAGGCUCUAUGACUAACUCAUCCAAUCUGCUGGUUGCCGAACAAUUAACAUUGGCACUACUGAGCGCUCUGACUGACGACGACCAGGUGAACGUGCUACGCUUCAAUGUCACGGUUCGCUCGCCCAUUACGUGCUUCAAUGACAAACUCGUAUCGGCAAAUCACGUAAAUUCCGCAGCCAUAAUGGCGGCUUUAGCUCAUUUCAAGAUGUGGAAUGAGACGUGGAUGGGAGACGUUCUGGAAUAUUCGGUGCGUCUACUACAGAAACAGCGCGGGACGCCGGAUCGACCUCCUUCUUGUCAGCAGGCUAUUGUACUGCUUACCGACAGCCUGUAUGACAAUUAUACGCAGCUGCUAAACCAUCUUGAUCCUGAAGGUCGGAUAAGAUUAUUCGUCAUGUGGCUGCAUGAUCCGUACGGCUUACGUGAUGACACGAGGAGCUACGGAGAGACACUGACCUGUUCCCGCGAUGGUUACUACGCGGAGUUGAUCACAGCGGCUGACGUCACGGAGCAGGUGAUGAGAAUCUUGCGCGUGUUGGAGCGCCCUCUGGUGGGGCAGAGGGAACAGCGCCUUACCGUCUACAGUGAUGUGUACGCUAAUAUUGAGGACCCUAGGAGAGGAGAAUACUAUUGGAAGCAGAAGGAAAAUGCUGAACAAGUGUACAGAUACAAACUGCUGCGUAAAAACAAAGCGAAAUUGCUCAAUCAAUCUCAGUUAUACAAAGACCACAGACGGCAGUUAAGUCUGGAUGAAUUUGGUUAUUAUUACGAAGGUGAAGAUUUAAAUUAUCGCCUUCUAAUCACCGUCUCAGUGCCAGUAUUCGACCACACAACAUUAGAAAAUAUAACAAUUAAACUUGACGAGGAAAAACAAAGAAACUCUACACGAACGUAUCCUGUAAAUAGACUGCUCGGCGUAGCUGGUGUUGACAUACCUAUUGAUCAUUUAAAACUUCACGUACCAUAUUACAAGCUCGGACCUGCAGGAUCAUUUAUUCUUCUAGAUCACCGAGGCAGCAUUGUGAUACACGACAAUUUAAGACCAGUGUUCGACGGUGAUAUUUUAAAACCUGGCUACCGUACAGUGGACUUUUUAGAUUUGGAACAAUCCGCAGCUGAUCAUUUGCCUAGAGAAUAUCCUAAAGACUGGAUCGAGUUCCGAAAAACUCUUGUAAUCGAUCGACAUGAAGGCAAUAAGACAAUGUACAGCAAAUAUAUUUACGAUAAAGGUAUGCGAGCAUUGCUGGAGACUCAACAGUACCAUUGGAAACGUAUUUUAGAACAUUACACAGCAGUAGUGGUACUACCUAACAAGGAAGGCAGACAUGCGUUACCAAACACAAAACGUUUCACGCAGCAACUAGCCAAGGAGGCGUAUAAGACGCUGACAGAAACGGAUUUCUGUACACAUCCUGAUUGGUUAUAUUGUCAGCACGUGGAACCACAAUUCGAUUCGCAAAAGGAUGAGAUCUUAUAUUUCAUGAAGCGACGGAAAAAUGAUCCCAAUUUUCAAAUGCAGAAUCUCAGACAUACCUUCUCGCCAAUACCACCAACAUUACAAGAAAAACCCUACCAAUGUAACGAAGAACUGAUGGCGCGAAUAUCAGCGGAGGCGAUAGCUACAGCGCAGUGGUCGGAGAUAGAUGAGGACCAGGAUUGCUCCACCUGCCAGCUCGGAUCCGUCAUCGCAUUCUUUGCAAGUGAGAGUGGUCUGACUCGUUGGCAAUACUACGAGGCGACGAGCCCGCACGCGGUGCCGCCGGCGGGCUCGGCGUGGUCGCGCGGCGCCACCGAGCCCUGGUUCACGCGCGCCGCCGCGCACGCGCCCGCUCUCGUCAUACACGCGCCUCUAGCGCCCAUACGGCGUCUGCGCAACACUGGCCUGCCACAACCACAAGUAAGUGAGCAUCAGAUGUGGCUGACGGCGGCGCGGGUGCUCGACUACGGCAGCAAAGGCAUGCUCGGCGUCGCCGGCUUCCACUUCUACCCCAGACAUCUGGAUGACCUGCUCAAAACUGUCACUAAUAUACAUUGUCCCGAAGAAGACGAAAGUAAAUGCGAGCCUCGUUGCGACAACAAAGAUUGGUCGUGCGUACUCAUAGACGAGGAGGGUUGGAUCGUGUCUAAAGUGCGUGAGGAUUUGGACGACGACAUAGAGAUUGAACCCUUGAGAGAUCACCUCGCGAAUGUACACCCCGCGGCAAUGGCAGCGCUGCUCAAUGCGAGCGUGUUCAAACUACACUGGAUACAUGACUACCAGGGCGUCUGUUUCCCGCCGGAGAAUGAGAAGAUACAUGCCGCUGCACCUUCUCUACCGUCGAUCCUGCGUUCAUUGUGGCUUUCAAUUAGGACUAUCUUCCAUAUUAGUAGUGACCUGGCCACAGUCCUCUUCUUACUAAGUACUGGUAAAAAUGUAACAGCAGAAACAGAAGCAGAGAAGAUGAAGAGACACAGACGCGUACAGAAAGACUUUGAGAGAGAGAAGUACGAGCGGCUUUACGACCCGCGCGUUCUUGUCAAUAGAACACGGUUCGCGGCCUGCGAUCGUUCUAGACCUAUCUAUCAGUUGCAGCGUACAGCAAAGGCAAUGGAAGCCUUGCGUCGCAAUGCGCACGCAUGUCGCUGGCCGCUGGCCGCCGCCCCGGUACCCGCCACCAACUUGAUCUUGCUGGCCGUGUACAACGCUUGCCCACACCGCGGAAGACCGCUCAACAACCCAUUAACCAAUGAAAGGGUGGAGAUGGCGGACGGUCGCGCGGGUCUGGAGCCGUCAGCGAGCAGGCUGGCGUGCUGGCGUAACCGGGUACCACUGCCAGGCCGCCCGCCGCACGUGCAGUGCUUCCCACACAACUACUCAUAUGAAGAAGGAUACCGACAAUGUGGUCCCUGGCUGCCAGACCCAGAAAAUAAUGGGAGGAACCACUUCAUAUCAAAAGUUCUUAUUUCCUUAGCUUGUGUUUUUUCAUUGAUUUAA